AGUAACUGCUUUGCUUUUUGCUUCGGGUUUUCCUCUUCCUUCUACGGCCUGGCCUAGUCUGGUCAACACAGUAUAAACGUAAAACAUUGUAAACCCGUUCUUCCUCGAUUUCCCUUUUGUAAUUUCAUUGUAUUCUUUAAUCUCCGCUCUCCGUUUCCCUCUUGUUUUCCUCUUUGUGGAGCUAUGAUUUUGAUCGACAUGAACGAGUUGUUCACGGAACCGUUCGUCAGCGAUGCCAAAGGUCAGGCUUCCAAGGAAAUUGGUCUCAAGAAGGGAAUGCAAGUUCUGCAGAGAAAUUCCGACUUGGGAAUGGAGGUUUGGAAUGAGCAGAUACAAGAGACUGAGAUACAACUGGAUAAGCUCUCCGGGCUUCUUAUUAAACUGAAGGAUGCUAACGAGGAAUCAAAGUCUCUUACAAAGGCCUUGGAGAUAAAAGCUAUCAAGAAGCUGAUGGAAAAGGAUAUCGAUGAUGUGGGUAAGAUUGCACGUAAUGUCAAAGGGAAGCUGGAAGCUACAACUAUAGAUAACAUACUCCAUAGGUAUUUUCCUGGAUGUCAGAAGGGAAGCGCCAUUGACAGAGCAAGAAUGAACAUGACAAACGCCUUGACAAAAAAGUUGGAGGAACUCAUGAUAGAAUUUCAGAACCUUUGUGAAAGAAUUCAAGAUGAGUAUCGUGAAGUUGUGGAAAGACGAAGGAUUUCAGUUACGGGUACCAUACCAGAUGAGAUGAUGACUGAUCACCUUAUAGGAACUGGAAACAGUGAGCAAAUAUUCCACAAUACAUUUGAACAAAUGGGACAAGGACAGCUCAUCAAUUCCAUGGAAGAUAUGCAAGAACGAUACACCGCACUUAAGGAAAUUGUGAAAAGGCUCCCGGAAUUGCAUCAGGUAUGCAUAUUUUCUGUGGAAGAACAAUACAGGAGUCUCAGUAGUCUGAUACGUUUCUCUUUUCUUGGUCAGAUUUACCUUGACGUUGCAGUUUUAGUGAAGGACCAAGCUAGAAUUUUGGAUAACAUAGAAAAUCAGGUGACGACGGGAACAGAUACACUCCUGACGGCAAAGAGCUUACAGAGGAAAUCAAGAAAUCGCAUUAUGAUUACCAUCAUUCUACUCCUGGUUAUAGCAAUCAUAAUCGUCCUCUCAGUUUUGAAGCCAUGGAAGUAAAUGGUACCAGAAAGUGAACUCAGUUUCGCCGUUUUUCUUUCUAUAGUUUUUGAAGUUUGCCUUCCGAGAAAAGCAAGACCUCUUUGCUAUAGUUCUUCAAGAUUAGAUUUCCAACCUUAAAAGAUGCCUUCACUGAACAGAUAAUAAAAUAUGAAUACGACGACAAGACAAUACAUAAUGCUGGUAACUAAAA